CGGAACCACUGUGUUAGCACGGGAUAAAUGUCUCCCAGCGUUUUAUCUUCCUGUCUUUUUUCUCCCCUCGGUUUGAACGUCGCUUCCGCGGCUCGUCCAAUGAUAUGAGUCCACAUGCAGCGCAGUGGAGAGGGGCAGCAGCGAGGUGAUAAAGCCCGGCUGUCAGCACCCAGAGCGGCCACACUCAGGAGCCACGGCACGGCACGGAACGGCAACACACACAGGACUGAACCGGGUGAAUGCAGCCUUUAACACGGGACACUGCUGCACCAUUUCCGGACACAAGAGAGCACUUCCAACGCAGACAGGGACCAGGAGCUCACCACGUUUUGUGCGUUUUUUGUGCGUAAUUGGAAAAAAUAUCACAAGGGAGGGGGGGGACACUAAUCCGUCGAUAUCUAUCCAAGUGGGAAAACUCCUUCUUGUUUCAUUGAACUGCUUUUUCUAAAGAGACCUACAAAGCUGUGCGGGAGCAAGCAGCCGCCAUGGAGAACUCUCACACCAAGAGUGUGGAAGAAGUUUACAGUCAUUUCUGCGUCAACGAGAGCACAGGACUUUCCCUGGACGAGGUGAAGCGACUCAGGGACAAAUGGGGCCUAAACGAGUUACCAGCAGAAGAAGGGAAAUCUUUGAUGGAGCUCGUCCUCGAACAAUUUGAAGAUUUACUUGUUCGAAUUCUUCUGCUGGCUGCUUGUAUAUCUUUUGUGCUGGCCUGGUUUGAGGAGGGCGAGGAAACGAUCACAGCCUUCGUGGAGCCGUUUGUCAUCUUGCUCAUCCUCAUAGCCAACGCCAUCGUCGGGGUGUGGCAGGAGCGCAACGCUGAGGAUGCCAUCGAGGCGCUGAAGGAGUAUGAGCCGGAGAUGGGGAAAGUUUACCGGCAGGACAGGAAGACGGUGCAGAGGAUCAAAGCUCGGGACAUCGUGCCUGGAGACAUCGUGGAGAUCGCAGUUGGAGACAAGGUUCCCGCUGACAUCCGGAUCUGUUCGAUCAAAUCCACGACGCUGAGAGUCGACCAGUCCAUCCUGACCGGUGAAUCCGUGUCCGUCAUCAAACACACCGACCCCGUGCCCGACCCCCGAGCCGUCAACCAGGACAAGAAGAACAUGCUCUUCUCCGGUACUAACAUCGCGGCGGGGAGGGCGGUCGGCGUCGUCGUGGCUACAGGAGUGAACACGGAGAUCGGUAAGAUCCGUGACGAGAUGGCGGCGACGGAGCAGGAGAAGACGCCGCUGCAGCAGAAGCUGGACGAGUUCGGCGAGCAGCUGUCCAAGGUCAUCUCGCUCAUCUGCAUCGCCGUGUGGAUCAUCAACAUCGGGCACUUCAACGACCCGGUGCACGGCGGCUCCUGGAUCCGCGGCGCCGUCUACUACUUCAAGAUCGCCGUGGCGUUGGCCGUGGCCGCCAUCCCCGAGGGUCUGCCCGCCGUCAUCACCACCUGCCUGGCGCUGGGGACGCGCCGCAUGGCCAAGAAGAACGCCAUCGUGCGCAGCCUGCCGUCCGUGGAGACGCUCGGCUGCACCUCCGUCAUCUGCUCCGACAAGACGGGGACGCUCACCACCAACCAGAUGUCUGUGUGCAGAAUGUUCGUUGUGAACAAAGCUGGAGGGGACAGCUGUGAUCUGUCCGAGUUCACCAUCACAGGAUCUACAUACGCACCUGAGGGACAAGUGUUCCACAAUGAUAAACCAGUGAAGUCCUCCCAGUAUGACGCCCUGGUGGAACUGGCUACCAUCUGCGCUCUGUGCAACGACUCCUCUCUGGACUUCAACGAGGUGAAGGGCGUGUACGAGAAGGUGGGCGAGGCCACGGAGACGGCGCUGACCUGUUUGGUGGAGAAGAUGAACGCCUUCGACACGGAAGUCCACAACCUGACGAAGAUCGACCGAGCCAACGCCUGCAACUCCGUGAUCAAGCAGCUGAUGAAGAAGGAGUUCACCCUGGAGUUCUCCAGAGACAGGAAGUCCAUGUCGGUGUACUGCACCCCCAACAAGUCCCGCUCCUCCAUGGGCAAGAUGUUCGUCAAGGGUGCUCCAGAGGGAGUGAUAGAGCGGUGCACGCACGUCAGAGUGGGGAACAGCAAAGUGCCGCUGACCAAAGGCAUCAAGGAGCAGAUCAUGUCUGUGAUCAGAGACUACGGGACGGGCCGCGACACGCUGCGCUGCCUCGCCCUCGCCACCAGGGACAGCCCCCCCCGAGUGGAGGACAUGAACCUGACCGAGACCAUCAAGUUCGCCCAGUACGAGUCCGACCUCACCUUCGUGGGCUGCGUCGGCAUGCUGGACCCCCCCCGACAGGAAGUGGCGGCGUCCAUCAAGCUGUGCCGGCAGGCGGGGAUCCGCGUCAUCAUGAUCACCGGAGACAACAAGGGCACGGCCGUCGCCAUCUGCCGCCGCAUCGGCAUCUUCGGCGAGGAGGACGACGUGGAGGCCAUGGCGUUCACCGGCCGGGAGUUCGACGAGCUGUCGCCGGCCGCUCAGCGCGACGCCGUCACCAACGCUCGCUGCUUCGCCCGCGUCGAGCCGUCGCACAAGUCCAAGAUCGUGGAGUUCCUGCAGGGGAUGGACGAGAUCACCGCCAUGACGGGCGACGGAGUGAACGACGCUCCGGCGCUGAAGAAGGCGGAGAUCGGGAUCGCGAUGGGCUCCGGCACCGCCGUGGCCAAGUCGGCCUCGGAGAUGGUCCUCGCCGACGACAACUUCUCGUCCAUCGUGGCGGCCGUGGAGGAGGGCCGGGCGAUCUACAACAACAUGAAGCAGUUCAUCAGAUACCUCAUCUCCUCCAACGUGGGGGAGGUCGUCUGCAUCUUCCUGACGGCGGCGCUGGGUUUCCCCGAGGCUCUGAUCCCGGUGCAGCUGCUGUGGGUGAACCUGGUGACGGACGGCCUGCCAGCCACCGCGCUGGGCUUCAACCCCCCCGACCUGGACAUCAUGGAGAAGCCCCCCCGCAACGCCAAGGAGGCGCUGAUCUCCGGCUGGCUCUUCUUCAGAUACCUCGCCAUCGGAUGUUAUGUGGGAGCAGCCACGGUUGGAGCCGCUGCCUGGUGGUUCAUCCUCGCUGAAGAAGGACCUCAGAUCUCUCUGUACCAGCUGAGCCACUUCCUGCAGUGCGCCGCUGAUAACCCUGACUUUGAGGGUCUGGACUGCGAGGUGUUCGAGUCUCCGUACCCGAUGACCAUGGCGCUGUCCGUGCUCGUCACCAUCGAGAUGUGCAACGCUCUCAACAGUCUGUCGGAGAACCAGUCUCUGCUCAGGAUGCCUCCCUGGGAGAACGUCUGGCUCCUGGGGGCCAUCUGCCUCUCCAUGUCUCUGCACUUCCUCAUCCUCUACGUGGAGCCACUUCCUGUCAUCUUCCAGAUCACCCCCCUGGACACCACCCAGUGGAUGAUGGUGCUGAAGAUCUCCCUCCCCGUCAUCCUGCUGGACGAACUGCUGAAGUUCGUUGCCAGGAACUACCUGGACUUCGGUAACGAGCGCACGGAGAAGCCGACCCCCCGCUCCGGCUGCUCCCUGUCUGCAUGUGCGGAGGGCAUCUCGUGGCCCUUCGUGUUCGUGUCGCUGCCCCUGGUGCUGUGGAUCUACAGCACCGACACUAACGUGACCGCCAUGCUGUGGCCCUGACUGACUCCACUGUCCCACCCCCGACCCUGAGCACAGUGUGACGUGGACAUUAACACACAUCUAACACACAUACAUAGCGCCUUUUGUAUUUAGGACAUUCUCACCGAUACAUGUUUUUGGGCGGGGUUAUAUUUUAUUAAGGGCUGGGCAACAACCACAAAAAAUGAUCCUAAAAAUUAAAAUCCAAUUUAAACAGAUUAUAGAAAGAAAUAUUCAUUUAGAAAAAUGUUUGCAAAAUUGUUUCUCUACACGUUUGCAUACAAAAAAUAGAGCUAGAAAAAGACAGUUUAAAAGACAAUAGAAAAAAAGGACAUUUUUAAAAAUAUUUCAGCUUUUGUUUUUAACCCCAUUUUACACAAUGUAAUUUUCCUGGGAAAAAGAAUCUGACUUAUUUUUAACUGAGAAUUGAUAGUGUGAGGUUGUGUUGAAUUAUAUUGACCUAGUAAGUACAGAGGAAUAAUGUGAAUUAUAAAUUGACAUCCCUUUUCUGUAAUGCCGUUUUUAAAACCAGGAAAAACCCUUAAAAUGAUCCGAAAUCCAGAUUUUCCGACAGUAUUUUGGUCAUGAUAUAAUAUGUAUUUAUUGCCCAGCCCUAAUGUUAGUUUACCAUCACGCUUCACUCCGUUUGGACCCGUGUUUCAAAGAAAGCCCACCGUGUCGGAGCUGUGUCGAGCUGUACAGAGAAUUUACACUAUUUUAUGAUAAUUAAUAUUUUGUAAUUUUUGGGGAGGGGUGUUUUUGGGGACUUGAAUGCUGGGUGUGAGGAGGAUUUAAAGGACGGUAUAAUUCUAGUUUUUUUGGGGGGCGAAGACGUGAGUACUUUUGCCCCGGCGUUAAUCUAUUUUGAGCUCUUCUACCAUGAGGCGGAGCGCAGCUACCUCAACGCUGUUAGUACCACCAUUAAAACCCAACGAUCAUUUCAUACAACUAUCAUUUAACGUGUUGAGGUAAGCGCCGAUUUGUUUUGCAGCCCUCGAACAUUAUUUUUUAAAAGUAAAUAUAUAUAUAUAUUUCCUUUCUGUUGGAGGACAAAGAUAUGUUACCAGUUUGAUUCCUUUUUGAUAAAGUUGUUAAAUUUGUUUACUUGAAGAAAACAUUCGUCUUGAUUUAAUUUUUUGCAUUUGAAUUAAUCUUAAUAAUGUAUAAUGUGCACAUACUGUACUUGAAUAUGUAAAAAGGCACCAAGAAUCUGUUAGUCUUAUCAACCGAGCACAACACAGAGGAGUCUGUAAAUGUGUACAUAGCACACUGAGUAGAAUCUCUAUAGAUGUGUUGUUGUUGUUGUUGUUGUUGUUAAGAUGCUCCAUCCUUUACAUGAUUUUAUUCAGCGUGUCUUACUCUUCCUGCAUGCCUGCUCCAGUAACACCAGGCCAGUGAGGUGGUUUUUAUAGUCUUAAAGAUAACUGUUGUUUCUUCCAAUGCCUCCCACCUGUUUACCUGCAGAGUGAGUACACUUUGAGCUGCAUGCUAACACGCUCUCAUCUUUACAUCAAACUCUGACUGCAGAAACCCUGAAAGGCAAGAGGGGAAAGCUUUGUUUCUCCACUGUGUUUAUGACUUAAAAACCGGUGAAGAAGCUGUUUUUGCUAGGCUAGUUUUCCUAAAUUAAAAACUGUUUUUCUAAGACUUCCUACAUUUUUAUUUGCCGGGAUAUUUUUAAAUUCCAAUUUAAUUUGUAAAAUGGGAUUUUUAGAAAUAUUUUGACAGGAUUAUAUUUCGAUUUCAAGACAUUUUUUACUUUAUUUGCCGGUUUAUAUUUUUUAUAGUUUGUCCAAGUCUCAAUAUAUUUGUGAAGUUCUUUUUAUUACACUUUUAUUUAUCCAUCAAAACGGCUGCUUUUCUUAUUUCAGGUUUGUUGUUGUAAUGCUCAUCUGAGCCACCAGGGCUCGCCAAAGCCCAUUUAAUAAAAAACAAUUUUAGCAAAUUAUGCAAGGAACCUUUCUUCAAACGUUUUAUCACAGACAUAAAUAAGAAAACAUUAGAGAACAUUCAGGCAAAAAGUCUCUUAAUCCUCUAAAAUGAAUUGUGUACCUAUUUUUAAAUAAAGACACGUAAACACUGGAGGAGAAAACACAUAAGAAAUAAACUGCUAUUUUUCUUUCGCUCUUGCCUCUCCGGGCUUCCGUACAUCGCUCACACUAAGGCAGCAGCAAUGACAGCUUCUCAUGUUUUGAUAGGACUAGCAGUUUUUUUUAAUUAAAUACAUUUGGUAAUGGUACAGAGUUUGCCUUCAAUGUCACCAAGUGCCAGGUACACUGAGUGGAAAUGAGCGGCACAGUGUCUGCUGGUUAUUUCUGACACCAUUACAGGACCUGGUGUUGAUGUCUUCAUUAUUUAUACAUGUCUUCUUUUAGUUGCAUUUGACUUAAUCCUCUGCUUGUCCAUAGCAUGGCCUUAAUAUAUUUUUUAUUAAAACAAGUAUUGAUGAAUUGAAAUGAUUUGCUGCUCAGAUGCUUUGGCCUCUUGUCUCCACUGAUUUCAUUCUUCCUCUUCUUCCUCUUCCUCUUCCUCCACAGCAAAGGCCAAGUAAGCCCACCUCGACUCUAAAUGCCUCGCAGAAACGUGUUUUUCUUUUGUGUUGUGCAUGUGUGUUUUGGGCAGCACAUCUUACAAAGAGCUGCAUGUCAGUCGAUCUGAAGACAAAGAAGCUCAGAAAGUUUAAUUUUUUUAUAGAAGUUCCUCCAUCCUCCUGCAUGCAGAGCCUCAGAGUCCAUCUUUUCUAGACUACUAUCUUAGCGCCGUGUACAGAAACGUGUAGGGUUUCAUUCCACGGUGCAUGCUCGCUCUGCAGCCAUCUGUGUGAUAGACGAUGUAUAGUACUGGUAAAUAGAAUAGACAUUCGUCAGAUAGUACAAAUGUUAAAUAAGCUCAAAGUUCAUCUUUCCUAAGGAAAUACUUUUAUGGAAUAUUUAAACAUAAAACAUCCUCUCUUUUUGUUGCUUUGCACCGAGACGUGCGACGUGUUUGGAUCGUGUUAACGGCAGGCAGUCCUUUUAUUGCCAAACUGCUGUACUGUAUUUACAGAGAUGAUUGUAUCACAUGAACUUUGGUUUCAGGUCAAUAAAACUGUCAUACAUGAAGAGUUUA